GGCACAAGCAUCCCUCAAUUAGUCAUCUCGAGCAUCUUGUUAAAUAUUUCCACAAGAACAUGCAUGGACUCACCUCGGCUGACCUCAACCCGACUGAUCUGAUGAGUUUCAAUCCAACUCAGAAGAUAAUGAACGAAACCACCAUCAACUUCAUGGAGGCAAAUGUUCCCGGUAGUGAAGGAACAGUGGCGCUUUUGCGGUACAUGCGUGCCAUGUAUCGAGCCUUCACGGAUAAGUCUAUUACUCCGCUGGAACGGAUAUCUAUGUGCUGGGAAACAUUACUCUUCAUGAGGGCUUGGAGGAAUUGGACAUUGCGGCAUGAACGAACAAAUGCGCAGUGCAUAACGGCCAACGCGUACGCUUGUCUCGAGCUCAACGCCCAUGGCCUUGUGCUUGCUGUCCGUAGCUGCCGCGAUCGUCGUCAUCCAGAGCAAUUCCUGGUUACCCACUACGGAAGUCAACAUGUGGAAGGGGCGUUUCGAAGUCUGCGUUCUAUGACAACCAUGUAUCACACACAGACUAAUUUUACAUUUAAGGAACUGAGCGAAAAGUUGCGUAGGGUGCACAUGUUGCAGCAAAUUGAAUACCGAAACAGGGAAAGAUACCAUUUUCCAAACCAAGGUCGUAGUCAGGAAACGUCACCUUACCUACCCACUGAUUUUGAGAUCAAAACUGCUAUUAACGAUGCUCAAGCGGCCGUCUCUAGGGUACUGGAAACCCUUGGGAUACCGAGGGCAGAGCAGUCAUAUACCUGCUCGCUUAAAGAGACGGGAGCGUCCACUUGGGAGGCCUACACCGACGAGAAUAGGUCGGAGUGCGAGGCAGGCCAGGAGGUCGAUCAAACGAUCGGCUCUCCUUGCCCUCGAGUGUUCGAAGCUAAAAAACUAUUUAUUAAUUUCACUGGAAGAGUUCAAUUGCGUGAUAGCACGACCGACAAAGACACUUACUUAGUCAGGGAUGAAGAGGGCAUUGUUCGUCGAUUUACUAAGGCCAGUGUAAUAUCUAUGCUCACCGAGGGUAGGUACCGCGGGACUAUGGCGCGUGUCAGAAGAUUUAAACAGCACACUAUCAAUCGCGCACCGCGUGGCCGCAGUCUACUGCGACCCCGCUAGCGCAGUAGCGAUUAGU